AUGUCUUCACCGCGACAGAGCCCUCCCUCCGCCGAAAACAAAUCAGAUCCGCCAACGCUCCUAUCCCCCGGCAACGAUGAACCGUACAACUCGGAGGAGGACUCUGACUUUGACAUCAACGCGCCCGCAGAGUCUGAAGAUGAUGCUGGGGCCGCGUCCGAGGCGGGUUCAUCUAAUGAGGCGGACUACCGGCCACGGAAACGGAGGAGACUAACGCCAACGCCAGGAAAGGAGGCUAAUACUGAUGAAUAUAUCGUUGAUGAUACGCUGGACUCUGGUGAUGAGGCUACAAUUCGCAAUGCGAAGCAGAAAAGAAAGCAAAAACAGAGGGCAGGAAAAAGGGGAGGCAAGGAUGGGAGCGAGGAUGAAGCGGAUAACUAUGAGCUGGACGAAGAUGAUGGAGAGAGUGGUGGAGGUUUCGUGAGGACAAGGGCCAUGAAGAUGAAGAUGCAAGACGAACGGAAACCGCUUGCGAAGACUGACGGUGCUACGGUCGAUGUCGAUGUGUUAUGGGCCCAAAUGAACGCCCCCAAAAGUGCAGCGAAACCCCCAGCUUCAGAGUACGCUAAAAAAGAUACCUCCCUGUCUGGAGGCGCAGUUAGGCCGGGCAAUGGCCGUCACUCCAACUCUAAACCAUCAACGAGUUCGGUGGUUACGGGAGAAGAAACAAUCACCAUCAAGCGAACGUAUAAGUUUGCCGGAGAGGUCAUCACCGAGGAGAAAACGGUGCCGAAGAAUUCUGCAGAAGCAAAGCUCUUCCUAGCUUCUUAUGAUGACGGAGUGGUCGCAGAAGACAAGCCCCAAGCCGACGAAGUAACUGAGGACAGCCGCCAUCCUCUUCGAAGGCCGUUGCAGCGCUGGUCCCGCUUCGACCCAAACUCCCCUGGGGCCUACAAGAGAAGCUGGACAAUGCCUCCACAACUUCUUGAUCAUAAGAAAGACACGGCGAACACCAAUGCCGCCGCCCCGCCUGUCUCGGGGCCGAAACUGAAUACUGUAAUGAAGUCCAAGCUUGACUGGGCUGCAUAUGUGGACGAAGCAGGAAUACAGAAUGAGCUAGAUGCUCACAGCCGAGCGAAAGAAGGAUAUAUGGGUCGCAUGGACUUCUUAAAUCGCGUCGAGGCAAAGAGGGAGGAAGAGAGGAAGAAUGCGAGGCUUCAAACUAAAUAG